AUGGCGGGCAGUGAGGCGGCGGGCAGGCCUGCUCCCACCUGCGUGCUGGGCAUCGACCUGGGCACCACGUCGGUUAAGGCGGCCCUGUUGGCAGGGGCAGAGCAAGGGCAGGUGGUGGCAGAGAGCUCCAGGGAGACGCGGGCACACACCAGUAGCCUGGAAGCUGGACCGCAGGGAAUGGAACAGAAUGUCCAGAGAAUAAUAAGAGCACUGAAUGAAUGCCUUGCUGCUCUACCUCAGCAACAGCUUCAAAGAGUCAGUCACAUUGGCAUUUCAGGACAAAUGCAUGGAGUUGUAUUUUGGAAAAAAGAUAAAGGUUGCAAGUGGACAGAAUGUGGUACAGGCCCAACCUUUGAGCCCGAGGAGGUCAGUCAUCUGAUUACUUGGCAAGACGGCCGCUGCAGUCCCACCUUCCUCUCUAGUCUUCCUCUGCCACAGUCACAUAUCAGCUUGGCUACAGGAUUUGGAUGUGCCACAGUCUACUGGUAUUUAAAGAAGAGUCCAGAUUUUCUGAAGUCUUACGAUGCAGCUGGCACUAUCCACGACUAUGUGGUUGCCAUGUUGUGUGACCUGAAGAAGCCGCUCAUGUCCACCCAGAACGCUGCCAGCUGGGGAUAUUUUAAUUCCAGAAGCAAAAGCUGGAAUACUGACAUAUUGAAAAAGUCUGGCUUUCCUACACACUUGCUUCCAGAGGUGGGAGACCCUGGCGAUAUUGCAGGCAGGACAAUCUGUGUGUGGCAUGGAAUACCCAAAGGAGCAAAAGUAGGAAUUGCUCUGGGAGAUUUCCAGUGCUCUGUUUAUUCCUGUCUGACUGAGAGGACUGAUGCAGUUCUUAAUAUCAGUACCUCUGCUCAGCUGACUAUCUCAAUGCCCCUGGGUUUCCAGCCUCCAGAGACACCAGAUCCUUCCUCAGCUGUUACUUAUUUUCCCUACUUCAAUGGUGACUACUUGGCGGUGGCAGCAUCACUUAACGGAGGCAAUGUGCUGGCAGCAUUUGUGGAGAUGGUGGCACGGUGGACAGAAGAGCUAGGACUUCAGGUUCAGGAGUCUGCCAUCUAUACAAAGAUAAUCAAAGCAGCUUUGGCCCAAAACGACAGCAAACUCUCAGUGCAACCAACCAUGUUUGGAGAGAGACACACUCCCGAGCAGUUGGCAUCAGUGACCAAUAUUGCUGUCUCUGAACUCUCCCUGGGUCACGUCACCCGAGCUCUGUGCCGUGGCAUCAUUGAAAACCUCCGUUCCAUGUUACCUGUGCAGCGCCUGAUGGAGACCGGAGUGAGGAGGAUUCUGGGGAGCGGGAGUGCCCUUGCCAGGAACGAAGUGCUGAGGCAGGAAGUGGAAAGGAUUUUUCCAUUCCCUGUCGUUUAUGGGAAGGAUGUCGAUGCUGCUGUGGGGGCUGCCAUGGUGAUGUUCCACAGAAAAUAAAGUCAUUGUUUGGAAUGGCCU